AUGAAGUACAAUACUGAUGUUGGAAUGAAGUACAGUAAUGAUGUUGGAAUGAAGUACAAUAUUGAUGUUGGUAUGAAGUACAAUACUGAUGUGAGGAUGAAGUACAAUACUGAUGUUGGGAUGCAGUACAGUAUUGAUGUGGGGAUGAAGUAUAAUACUGAUGUUGGGAUGAAGUACAGUAUUGAUGUUGUACUUCAUCCAAACAUCGAUAUUGUACUUCAUCCCAACAUCAAUGCUGUACUUCAUCCCAACAUCAAUACUGUACUUCAUCUAAACAUCAGUAUUGUACUUCAUCCCAACAUCAAUACUGUACUUCAUCCCAACAUCAGUAUUAUACUUCAUCCCCCCAUCAAUAUUGUACUUCAUCCCAACAUCAAUACUGUACUGCAUCCCAACAUCAGUAUUGUACUUCAUCCCAAACACUUAAAGCAGUAA